UGCUUUGGAUGUAGGACGGGCAGAUUUCUUUCACCGGAGGAACUUCAGGCUGCGUUAAACGAAACGAAGGCGGAGGCGGUAGUGCUGGGAGGCUCGGGUGCCUUCCGUACGGAUGGAUCCACGCAGCUAGGUGUACGGAAGCUCAUCUCGGGGCUGCAGGGCCUUGUGUACGACAGUGACUGGCUGCCUAGUCCAUCUCGGUCACACAUGCCCACACAGGCGGUCCCCAUCUGGCUCUGCCGGCGCGGUCAGGACGAUGCGGCCCUAAUGGUGGUGGAGCACGUGCGGCGUUGGCGGGGGGCCUCCUCUGUCGCGUGGAGAGUGGUGGGGACGGAGACGGAGGCGGAGGGGUUGGUGUACAGAAAGCACAUCCUGUCACUCUGUUGCGCUGCUCACACCACCGCCCAGCAGCGCACGAUGCUCAGGGGCCUGGCUGAGGCGCGGUAG